AUGGGUUGUCUCAGCCAUCGCAAGAAGCAGAUUGAGGAGGUUGCGGACCAGAGAUGGGAGUACAUCAACCUUCGCGACUUUAAGAGCAGAGGAUGUGGCACUGUAUUUGCUUACAUUUACCUCUGGCUGAUGCUCAUUGUGUCGGUUGCUGUCUAUGCCGUUGACAGUUUUACCGCCGUCAAUCUGCUUGCUUUUGACCGCUGGUCUUCCAAGAUUGACCCAGCAAUUUCUUUUGACGUUUCAAAAUGGAUUUUCUCCAUUUGUAUCAUUCUUUCUUUUAUCAACUUGGCUUAUGAGGGUUUCCGAGCUAUUCGAGUCAUCAAGCGAGGCAAUGUUGCAGAAUGUUAUCUGGACAGUCUUGCUGUUAGAUGGGAAUCGAUUCGUCUCGGUUCUCAAGGAUGGAAGAGGUUUUUAGUUUUCGCCGAGCUCACCAAGAGUAAGGAGGGUGCGCAGUACAUUGCCCUCUUUACCUAUUUCAGCUUCCAGUCUUGGGUUCGUGUCAUUAUCUGCUCUGGGCCGCGUCAAGUUCUCAAUGUCUUUACGCUCAAGUCGGUUUACGAGGCCAAGUUGACUCCCACUGCGGACAACGUUGGUGAUUCGAUUACGGGUUUCUUUGACAAGAUCAAGAUUCUCGCCGAGGAGGACUACCAGCAAGCACUGAUCCUUUCUGGCAUGUGCUUUACUGUGGUGAUCUGGGUCUUUUCAGCCCUGUUUCUCCUGGCUGCCGUCCUAUUCUGGGUCUUCUUCCUCUAUCAUUGGAUCCCUUCCGCUGACGGUGGACUUUCUGGAUACUGUGAGCGCAAAGUCACCAAAGCACUGAUGAAGAUUGUCACCCAGACGGUCAACAAAGCCUUGGCCAGAGAGGAGGCCAACCGACUCAGGGCAGAGUUCAAGGCUGCCAAGAAAAAUGGCGAGAAGCCUCGUGUGGAACGAACUGCCACCCUACCGACGCUGCCAAAUAUUGGACCUGUCAGCAAGACGGAGCCCAUGCCAAUGCUGCACCGCAACGACACCAUGGCAACACUCCCACCAUAUACAUCACGACCAGGAACUCCCGGAGGAAUGGAAGGUAGUCCAGUGGACGCAAAGCGGAACGUUCUGACGAGGAAAGCCACCAACAUGUCGGUUGCGAGCUAUGCCUCUCAUGCAACUUCCAGGUCAGGCUACGGGAGGAUUGCAUCUCCUGUUCCUGAGAUACCUCCGAUGAACUACAACUAUUCCCAGUCACGAUCUACAAUUUCCUCACAAGCAAACUAUGGUCCGCCAGUAAAUCAUAUGGCAGACUCGAAUCCCUCGUUUUUCUCUGCUCCAGGUCGCUUCACCGAGAGCCCAGCCCACGACACCAUGCCACCCUUCCCUCCUCCGGCCCGCGCACCCAGUGCUCGACCAACAGACAACUAUGCGCAGCCCAUGGGCAUGGGUUCUUUUGCACCCGCCCCAACGCCAAGCCCUCCCCGAGAAUACCAGGCUUAUAACCCUGAGACAAGCUCCACGCCUUCCGUCAACUCUUCCUGGGGUGGACCACAACCCAUCAACCCUCCAACUCGGAGUGUAACAGGACCAAUGCCUUUCCGGGCACCCCAAAGAAACCUGACCAGUCCGAUGCCACGGGCUUCUACAGCAGGACCUGGUCCUAGACCUUCUCCCAGACCUUCUCCCAACUAUGACGUUGAAUCACAGCGAGGACGUGAUUGGUAA